CAGUGUCUGGGUUGUUGUUCCCCGGGGUUCCACUAGAUGUCCUCCUUCUCACGGUGCCUGUCCCAGAUCACUUCCUGUUCCCUUAUAUGGUCACCUUCCUCCUUGUUACCUGAUUGAUUGUUCACCCCACCUGUCUCCUGUUUCCCAAUUAUCCUUCUGUGUAUAAAUACCCAGUCUGUCUUAGUCUAUGUCACGGAGUCCUUGUCUGAUGUCAUUGUGUUUCAGGUCCAUCAGUCUUGCUUUGUCUUACCCUAUGUGUCUCAUUCUCUCGUUCCACCAGACUUCCUCUACCUUUCCGUUCUUCCGAGUUCCCCGUUUCAUCCGGUUCCCUUUUUGUUUGAUUUGUCUCUCAUGACUGUUUAUUUUGUAUUUACCCCUCUGUUUAAAUAAAACCCUUACCUGCAUUUGGAUCUACCCUCUCUUUGUGUUUUUCCCCAAUACCUAUCGUGACAGAAGGACUCCGUCAUGCCUAGAUCCAGCGGUGUGGGAUUUCGAAUCGGUUCCCCAGCCACCAUGGAGGAACGGAGGGGGAGAUAUCAGAACUUAAUCACCCUUCAUCAAGAGGGAAGUGAGGUGGGUGGCCUGGCGCAAUUGUUUUGGACUAUGGCAGUCGGGCUAGGUUACAAUGAUGCAGCACUAAAGGAUUUAUUUAAUAAUUGCCUGGAUGAUCCUUUACCUUCAUGGGAGAUGAAGGGGUUAGAGAUACUGGACUUUUGGGGGUUUACCAAUUACCUGCACCAUCGUGCCCAGUGGGGUGCAACAACCACACCAGAGUGUCCAGACAAGGCUGCCAGCUCAGCCCCACAGCACAAGAUGGCCGCCAACCCAGCCCCACAACCCAAGAUGGCCAUCAGCCCAGCCCCACAGCCCAAGAUGGCCGCCAACCUAGCGUCACAGCCCAAGAUGGCCGCCAGCCCAGCACCACAGCACAAGAUGGCCGACUCAACGCCACGGACUCCCCAUCGUAGAGGGCGGAGGAGGAGACAGGCAGCUGCUGUUCCCGAGGCGGAGCCCGAGGCAGUUCCCGAAGCGGUGCCCGAGGCUGUUCCCGAGGCGGUGCCCGAUGCAGUUCCCGAGGCGGAGCCCGAUGCAGUUCCCGAGGCGGUGCCCGAUGCAGUUCCCGAGGCGGUGCCCGAUGCUGUUUCCGAGGCGGUGCCCGAUGCAGUUCCCGAGGCGGUGCCCGAUGCUGUUUCCGAGGCGGUGCCCGAUGCAGUUCCCGAGGCGGUGCCCGAUGCAGUUCCCGAGGCGAAGCCCGAUGCAGUUCCCGAUGCAGUUCCCGAGGCGGUGCCCGAUGCUGUUUCCGAGGCGGUGCCCUAUGCAGUUCCCGAGGCGGAGCCCGAUGCAGUUCCCGAGGCGGUGCUCGAUGCAGUUCCCGAGGCGGUGCUCGAUGCAGUUUCCGAGGCGGUGCCCGAUGCAGUUUCCGAGGCGGUGCUCGAUGCAGUUCCCGAGGCGGUGCCCGAUGCUGUUUCCGAGGCGGUGCCCGAUGCUGUUUCCGAGGCGGUGCCCGAUGCAGUUCCCGAGGCGGAGCCCGAUGCAGUUCCCGAGGCGGUGCCCGAUGCUGUUCCCGAGGCGGUGCCCGAUGCUGUUUCCGAGGCGGUGCCCGAUGCAGUUCCCGAGGCGGUGCCCGAUGCUGUUCCCGAGGCGGAGCCCGAUGCUGUUUCCGAGGCGGAGCCCGAUGCAGUUCCCGAGGCGGUGCCCGAUGCUGUUCCCGAGGCCGAGGUCGUUCCCGAGGCGGUGCCCGAUGCAGUUCCCGAGGCGGAGCCCGAUGCAGUUCCCGAGGCGGAGCCCGAUGCUGUUCCCGAGGCGGAGCCCGAUGCUGUUCCCGAGGCGGAGCCCGAUGCUGUUCCCGAGGCGGAGCCCGAUGCUGUUCCCGAGGCGGAGCCCGAUGCUGUUCCCGAGGCGGAGCCCGAUGCAGUUCCCGAGGCGGAGCCCGAUGCAGUUCCCGAGGCGGAGCCCGAUGCAGUUCCCGAGGCAGUGCCCGAUGCUGUUCCCGAGGCCGAGGUCGUUCCCGAGGCGGUGCCCGAUGCAGUUCCCGAGGCGGAGCCCGAUGCUGUUCCCGAGGCGGUGCCCGAUGCUGUUCCCGAGGCGGUGCCCGAUGCUGUUCCCGAGGCGGUGCCCGAGGUUGUUCCCGAGGCGGUGCCCGAUGUUGUUCCCGAGGCGGUGUCCGUUACAGUUCCCGAGGCGGUGACCACAAGGCCGUGGUGGUCUUCGGCUCCGUCCUGGGGGACUCUGGCGGUGACCACGAGGACGUGGUGGUCGUCCGCUCCACCCUGGGGGACUCUGGUGAUGACCAUGAGGACGUGGUGGUCUUCUGCUCCGACCUGGUGGACUCCGGCCUCGACCACAGAGACGUGGUGGUCUUCCGCUCCGCCCUGGAGGGCUCUGGCCUUGACCACACGGCUGUGGUGGUCAUCUGCUCCGUCCUAGUGGACGCCUCAACAUGUCCUUCAUGGACUUAUGUUUUGUGUUUUUUGAGUUUUGUUUCUGUCUGUUCUCUUUAGUUUAGUCUGGCCCUCCGUCCCUCCCCCUGUACCUCCUCCGGUCCUCCUCCCUCCUGAUCUCCCGGUUUUAUGUAUCAUUUCUGGUGUUUGUCCCCCAUGUGUUCCUUUUCUGGCCCUCCGUCCCUCCCCCUGAGCCUCCACCUGUCCGCCUCCCUCCUGGUCUCUGUGUCAUGUUUUGUCUUUAAGCGUCUGGUAGCCGCUCCGUUGAGGGGGGGUACUGUCACAGUGUCUGGGUUGUUGUUCCCCGGGGUUCCACUAGAUGUCCUCCUUCUCACGGUGCCUGUCCCAGAUCACUUCCUGUUCCCUUAUAUGGUCACCUUCCUCCUUGUUACCUGAUUGAUUGUUCACCCCACCUGUCUCCUGUUUCCCAAUUAUCCUUCUGUGUAUAAAUACCCAGUCUGUCUUAGUCUAUGUCACGGAGUCCUUGUCUGAUGUCAUUGUGUUUCAGGUCCAUCAGUCUUGCUUUGUCUUACCCUAUGUGUCUCAUUCUCUCGUUCCACCAGACUUCCUCUACCUUUCCGUUCUUCCGAGUUCCCCGUUUCAUCCGGUUCCCUUUUUGUUUGAUUUGUCUCUCAUGACUGUUUAUUUUGUAUUUACCCCUCUGUUUAAAUAAAACCCUUACCUGCA